GGAUCAACUUGUGAUGUUUUAUUUUCAGGUCCUGUUACGCUGAUAUGCUUCAUGACCAUGACAGGAAUCUGAAGUACUACCAGGGCAUCCGGGCGGCUGUAGGCAGAGUGAAGGCGCGGGGUGAGAAGGUCAUCGUCCUGGACAUCGGGACAGGAACAGGCCUGCUGUCCAUGAUGGCUCUCACUGCAGGAGCUGACUUCUGCUUUGCUGUGGAGGUUUUCAAACCGAUGGCAGAGGCAGCACAGAGCAUCGUGAAGAAGAACGGCUUCUCUGAAAAGAUCAAGAUCAUUAACAAACACUCCACUGACGUCACUGUGGGGCCAGGUCAGACACACACACAGCUGCAUGAAUACUGAUGUCCCUUUGACUGCUGGGAGUUACAUGCAUCUGUCAUUUAUACCAGGGGUUCCCACCGGGCCGCAGAGGUGUUACUGCCGGGCCGCGAAAUAGCUGUGAGUUUAUCGUAA